UUUGAAAAUGCCGCGAUAUGAUGAUCGCUACGCUAAUACACGACUCUAUGUUGGUCACCUGGCUUCUCGAACACGAUCUCGUGAUCUUGAAUACCUGUUCAGCAAAUAUGGAAGGUUUCUGGGCUUUUGCCUAACCUGGAGGCCUUGGUGAGAGGGUUGCCAUGGUGGAAUUGGUGGAAAUUCUUGCCGAGUUAUAGGAGAUUUUGGCGAUACUUUCUAUUAUGUUAUUGCGUGUUUUAUUGGAAUUGGCAACAAUCUCAAACUGGUGUUUAGUUCGUCUAUGAGGGGUGAAGUAUCAUACAUGCAGUACUUAAGUAAUGAUGGCCUUACUGUUUGUGGCAACCGUUUCGCAGAGUACGAGAUGUGGAUAUGAAGCGUGACUAUGCAUUUGUUGAAUUUAGUGAUCCUCGAGAUGCUGAUGAUGCACGAUAUCACUUGGAUGGUAAGGAUUUUGAUGGAAGCCGUAUCAUUGUGGAAUUCGCGAAAGGGGUACCUCGUGGUUCUCGAGAAUAUUUGGGCAGAGGUCCUCCCCCAGGAUCUGGACGCUGUUUUAAUUGUGGCAUAGAUGGCCAUUGGGCUCGAGAUUGCAAAGCUGGAGAUUGGAAAAACAAGUGUUAUCGGUGUGGAGAAAGAGGCCAUAUAGAGAGGAACUGCAAGAACAGUCCCAAGAAGCUCAAACGCGGGCGGAGUUACUCCCGAUCACCAGCUAGGUCACACUCUCCUCGCCGUGGAAGGAGCCGUAGCCCAAGUUACAGCAGAGGUCGUAGCUACAGCCGAUCAAGAUCUCCGCCACCAAAGAGAGACCGAAGUGUUGAUAUUGAAGACAGGUCCCCAAGCCAUGAGCCAAAGAAUGGUCUCCCCUCCAAGAGCAGGAAGCGCAGCCCAACGCCUGAUAAUGGUAGCCCACGCCCUUCUCCCAAAGUUCGGAAAGUGGAUGAUCAGCAAGAUAGAUCAUAUAGUGGUAGCCCAAGGAGGAGGAGCAGAAGCCCUGAAAGACAGAGCCCUGCAGAUGGGAGGUAUGAAAGUCCAGCUCAAACUAAUGGCCGCAGCCGCAGCCCCAGUCCCAGGGAUGAUAGGAGCCCUGUUGAUGAUGAUUACGAGGACAACCGCCGCUCCCCUAGAGGCAGUGAGUCACCGUAGAAGUGCAGCCUCGAAUGGAACUGGGGGUAGCCCAUUUGUGCCUUGUCAUCUUUAAGACCAUGUGUUUACUUGCUUUACUUAAAGAACUCGUAAUUAUUCAAUAUGCUUUGGAUUUAGGAAGUGUUCUCAAAAAACUUGGAUCAAGGAAGCAUAUUUUGAAUUUUCUAUUAGCUGAUUAAUUUGAUAAUGUUUGUUGUUUUGAUUUU